UUUUUCGCGCACGAUGUUGGAGCGUCGUUCUAUCCUCCGUUUGAGCGAUACGGCCAGUGAGUUCGCAUUAUUUGGUGGUCAUUUUACCAUAACAUGUCUUGUGGGCCACCAUUUUGAAGUGCUUGGUCUCGCUGAGCUUGCCCACCGUGAGUAUCAAGCCGGGGAAUAUGAGAGAGCUGAGCAGCAUUGUAUGCAGCUGUGGAAUCAAGACCCGGAGAAUACUUCCACUUUGUUACUGCUUAGUUCGAUCCACUUCCAGUGUCGUAGGAUGGAGAGAUCGGCAUAUUUCAGUCAAUUGGCAAUCAAACAGAAUCCGCUUAUGGCGGAAGCGUACUCUAACCUCGGGAAUGUCUUCAAAGAACGUGGGCAACUGAAGGAAGCGAUUGAUAACUACCGGCAUGCUCUAAGUAUCAAGCCAGAUUUCAUCGAUGGAUAUAUCAAUCUGGCGGCCGCUCUAGUUGCUGCCGGCGACAUGGAGUCUGCAGUCAACGCAUAUGCCACCGCCUUGCAGUACAAUCCUGAUCUAUACUGCGUCAGAAGUGACCUCGGAAACUUGCUGAAAGCACUGGGGCGUUUGGACGAAGCGAAAAUCUUGGAGCGGGAUGGCAGCAUUCAAAAGGCCGAACCAAUGAUCAGGCUUGUAUCUGAGGAUCGCCCGUUAGAUGCGCGAAAGCUUGGUUACAGCGGAUCAGGGGUAGAGGUACGAAACAGGCUUCCACUGGGCACAAAUUCAGUCGACCCCAAACUCAUGGCCAAGCCGAUUGUGGUCAUAACCCCUUGUGCUCCAGAAAGCAGGCCGACGAAAUCAGCCGCGUCUCCGGACAGCAGUUUUCAUUCAACCACCACAGACCUCUCACUCACCAAAGGCAGUGAUGAUUUGGAGGAGGUAGUUCGGAGUACAAUAUCACACGACGAACUACCAGCUUUCAUCUCAGAAGCUUCUGCGGGGAUCGAGAAGCUUGAAGACGAUGCCUUUCGUCGUCUGGAGUAUUUCUCGCUUGUUUCGAAAGUGUGCACGGAGCUGACUAAUCAUUUGGGUCUGGAUGACAAAAGUCUUGCCGAAUUCGUUAUCCAUUUGGCGCGAAAGAACCAGACUUUCGACAAAUUUAAGGCGGCCCUGGUGAAGAAAGGUGCGGAGUUCACUGAUCCACUAAUCGCAAGCAUUUUACGCCUUGUGCAAAAAAUGUUACCUCAGAAAACAUCGAAACAGAAGAAAGAUAAGAAGAAGGCAGCAACAGCUUCUAUGGGUGCGGAAUCGACAGAACCCGGGGAGCGAAUGGUGGAUGAAAAGUUGGAGUUGAGGAAAAGGUUGUUGCCAGCGCUUUGUAUACCAAAUGAGGAUCCGAAUCAGAUGCAUUUCAAACACGAUGGGUUUGAACAAUGUACCACUGUAUCGGCCGAUCAGUCAGACACCAGCAGUUCGAGUUUCAUUCAUCCAGAUGAUGAGCACUUGCUCAAAGAGCCCGAAACAUAUGCCCAAAGAGAACGCAAUGAUGUUGAUGAACUGGCUGCUUCUGAUAUGCUCAAGGAUCUGGAACAACUGCUGAGUGGUGCCAAGGCAGAAUCUCUGGCUCCUCGCAAGAAAGCUAGGAGUCCCCGUAGGCGUGGUAGUCGCUCUCCGGAUAACCGAGGUGCAUCAUCAUCAAGACGCCCGACCUUGCCCGUUGAACCAGUUGUUGGUACAAUCUACACAGGACGUGUGACAAACAUAUUGGCCUUUGGUGCUGUCGUGCAGCUGGAGGGUUUGAGAAAGCGGUGGGAAGGAUUGGUACAUAUCUCCCAGAUAAGACAAGAGGGUCGCGUAGCCAACGUGAGCGAUGUAGUACAGCGAAUGCAGAAGGUCUAUGUCAAAGUGCUCUCUUUCACGGGUACGAGGACCAGUUUGAGCAUGAAGGAAGUAAAUCAAGAAACUGGAGAAGAUUUGAAUCCACGUGGACGUGGCAAGUCACCAUCCGGCCACCAGACAGACCCAGCGAAAGGCAAAAUGCGCAACGUAGACGAAGUCGAUAUAGAUGGAGCGAGGAAUCCAGAUCGUCCGGAUGCCGGCCUGUCCGCCUCGACUUUACUAUUUCGGCCGAGGAAAGAUGUGAUGGAAGAGGACUUGGACUCUGGCCCUAAACGAAAAGUGCAACGAAUCAGUAGUCCUGAGCGCUGGGAAUUGAAACAGAUGAUGUCCGCUGGGGUGAUUGAAAAAACAGAGCUUCCGGAUUUCGACGAGGAAACCGGACUUUUACCCCGAGAGGAUGAGGAGUCCGAUGAGGAUAUGGAGAUUGAACUGGUCGAGGAAGAACCGCCGUUCUUAAAGGGCCAUGGGCGGCAUGCGAUGGAUCUGUCUCCGGUUCGGAUUGUCAAAAACCCGGACGGUUCGCUGCAGCAAGCGGCCAUGAUGCGUCAGGCGUUGCAGAAGGAGCGUCGAGAAAUGAAGCAGCAAGAACGUCAGAGUCAAAUGAUGGCCGAACGCGAAGCAGCACCGGAGCGCAUGGGCAAGGACUGGCAUGACCCGAUGGGAGCAAGCUUGGAUGCAAAACCCCAGUUUGGCGGUCCUCGUUCCUCGGAACAGUUCAAAGACGUUCCAGAGUGGAAACGCGCCGUACAGGGCGGUACUCGGACGGGUGCGGUUGGCAAGAAAAUAGUUCGCUCCAUACUGGAGCAGCGACAGUCUCUGCCCAUAUUCAAACUGAAAGAUGAACUUUUACACGCCGUCAACGAUAAUAAAGUUCUCAUUGUGAUUGGUGAAACGGGCAGCGGAAAAACAACUCAGAUCACCCAGUAUUUGGCCGAGGCCGGUUUCACUAAUACUGGCCGAAUCGGAUGUACACAACCACGUCGUGUUGCUGCAAUGUCCGUUGCCAAGAGAGUUUCCGAAGAGUUUGGAUGUCGACUUGGUCAAGAAGUGGGUUACACCAUUCGGUUCGAGGACUGCACCGCUCCGGAGACCAAGAUAAAGUACAUGACAGAUGGUAUGCUUUUGCGUGAAUGUCUUAUCGACCCGGACCUGCGUCAGUACUCGGUAAUCAUGUUGGAUGAGGCACACGAGCGCACCAUCCAUACGGAUGUGUUGUUUGGAUUGUUGAAGAAGGCGAUUCAGAAACGGGACGAUAUGAAACUGAUUGUCACAUCGGCUACGCUGGACUCAGUCAAAUUCUCACAGUACUUUUUCGAAGCAGCCAGUAUCCACGUUAACAACUUUCGCACAAAACUACCGGGCUUAGUCGCCCUACGUGAGCCUAUUUUCAUUGCACCCGCCGCCUCCCAAGAAGGUCAUUUACCAUUCUAUCGACUUAUCUUCCUACUUCUUCAGCCUAUAUUCACCAUCCCUGGACGCACUUAUCCUGUAGAGAUUCUGUACAGUCUGGAGCCGGAAAAUGACUACCUGGAUGCUGCUCUAAAUACGGUGAUGCAAAUUCACCUGACAGAGCCGCCAGGCGAUAUUCUCGUCUUCCUCACUGGUCAAGAGGAAAUUGACUCGGGCUGCGAGAUUCUCUACGAACGAAUGAAAGCACUCGGUUCCGAUGUCCCCGAACUCAUUAUUCUCCCGGUAUAUGCCGCUCUGCCUUCCGAAAUGCAAUCACGGAUCUUCGAUCCGGCUCCGCCAGGGUCGCGUAAAGUGGUGAUUGCAACCAACAUUGCCGAAACCUCCUUGACGAUCGACGGUAUCUACUAUGUGAUCGACCCUGGCUUUGUCAAACAGAAGGUAUACAGCAGCAAGUCAGGCAUGGAUCAAUUGAUUGUCACCCCUAUCUCACAGGCUCAGGCCAAACAACGAGCUGGGAGAGCCGGACGCACGGGUCCCGGCAAGUGCUACAGGCUGUACACGGAACGAGCCUAUCGAGACGAGAUGCUUGCCACCAAUGUGCCCGAGAUUCAACGCACAAAUUUGGCCAGUACCGUUCUACAGCUCAAGGCCAUGGGGAUUAACGAUCUAUUGUCGUUCGAUUUCAUGGAUCCUCCUCCCUUACAGACUCUUGUUGCUGCUAUGGAAACGUUACACGGCUUGUCAGCACUGGAUGAUGAAGGUCUUUUGACGCGGUUGGGUCGACGGGUAUGUUUGGUUGAUCCUCGUACUUCUCUGUCUUUUGUCAUUGCCAUUGUCUUUCGUCAACCUGAAUGCUUCGCCUCAUUUCAGAUGGCUGAGUUCCCGUUGGAGCCAAUGUUAUCCAAAAUGCUCAUCAUGUCCGUGCAUCUGCAGUGCUCUGAAGAGGUUUUGACCAUUGUGUCGAUGCUGUCCGUUCAGAAUGUGUUCUACCGGCCAAAGGAAAAGACUGAAUUGGCUGAUCAACGUAAAGCGAAAUUCCACCAACCCGAAGGCGACCACUUGACUCUGUUGGCUGUGUAUAACGCGUGGAAAAACAACAAAUUCUCUGCCCCCUGGUGUUACGACAACUUUAUACAGGCGCGAACGCUCAAACGAGCACAAGAUGUUCGCAAACAGCUUCUUGGCAUAAUGGACCGGCACAAACUUGACGUGGUCUCUUGUGGGAAGAAAACUGCGCUAGCUCAGAAGGCGAUCUUAUCCGGUUUCUUCCGUAAUGCUGCAAAAAAGGAUCCACAGGAAGGCUAUCGCACACUGGUCGAUCAACAGGUCGUCUACAUCCAUCCUUCGUCAGCUCUGUUCAACAGACAGCCAGACUGGGUUGUCUAUCACGAACUUGUGAUGACUACGAAAGAAUAUAUGCGUGAGGUGACUACAAUCGAUCCCCGUUGGCUCGUGGAAUUCGCCCCGAAUUUUUUCAAAUUCGGCGAUCCGACAAAACUAUCUCGGGCAAAGAAAUCGAUGCGUAUCGAACCUCUCUACAGCAAAUUCGAAGAGAAGGAUUCAUGGCGAAUCUCUCGCGCUCCGAGAAAGUUCCACGUCAAGGUCACAUUUUGAUCAAAUGGAACCACUCAGAAUAUCUUUUGUACAGUUGUUUUUUCUGGAGUAUACAACUAAUCCGGCCUUUUUGUCCUCACUGUAAUGUUUUAACUCUACCUUGAUCUUUGCCACAAAAUUGAUUUGCUAAACUUUUGGUUCACUUUAUUCAUUUGGGAUUGUUCGUGUACAGUGAUGAGGAGACGCAUCUCCUCGGGUCGGCGUGAUCGCG